AUGGUAACCUCAAUUUCAAAGAUCUAUCUCGCGUCCGGUACUGCAUGGUUCCAUUGUGUCGAAGUUGCAAUCAUUUUGUCAUCUCUCAGCUUUGCUAAGCUAAUGAGGCCCAAUUGGCUAACAUGGGUUGGGCUGAGGUUUGUAUGCAUAAACCCUUCAAGGAAUUUCACCAUUGAAACCUUCUUCCUCCUCUGUGAGUACUACCAAUCUGUGCUCAAAAACUUUACUUGGUUAACUGAUUCAUUUGUGGAGGGAGAAAAAGCCGGUAAAAUGCCGUUGGGGCUGAUAAUGGGAAUUGGGAGGGCGUUCAGGAGAAAGCGCACUUCUUCACUCGAUAUUCUCACCUCGAAAAGGAGUCCUCGAGGUUAUUACAAGGGAAAGAAUUGCAAGCCCACUGGUUUCCACACUCGCAAAGGUGGUUAUGUUGUGGUACCUGAAAAGUUGCCAAACUAUGUGGUACCAGAUUUGACUGACUUCAAGCUAAAACCUUAUGUGUCCCAGUGUGCUAGAGAAGUUACUGAGGCGGCUGAAUCAGCCAAGUAA